AUACAGCCCAGGCCAACGGUGUCCUGAACUGAGGAGUAAUGGGGGACCUCUGCCACAAGAGCUGAGGCCAGGGAGGCAGGGUGCCCUGAGCUGAGAAGGGGAGAGGACUCGCAUGGACAGAACUGGGCCAGGCAGGCAGAGCUGUAAACUAGAUUCCAUUUGAUGAAGCUGCCCAGUACAAUUCAAAUUCAGUACAGCAAGGGAUGGAGUCCAUGUGGAAGUUGAAUUCAGGGAACACAGGGGUUCAGUGCCCCACCACAGACUCUGACACCCACUGAAGACAAUUGUUACUUCAUCUGGAUUAUUACAUAUCGGUCAAGCACCCUUGAAAAGGCCUUGCAGGUCAGGGCCACCUGAGAGGAGAGCAGGCCACCAAGCAGAAUGGAGGGUUCCCGGGCACUGGGGUCAGUCUGCUAGCUGUGCUUGGGAGGCCUCCAGCAACCCUGGAAUUCUGUGAGCUUCCAGAAAACCCAUUGUGACACGAGCUGGCCCAAGAAGGCUCAUCUGCCUGCAUUUCUGUCAUUCAGAAGGAGUUGAUGAAGACAUGUUUAACCCACAGGUUCUAGAUUCUCCUGCUGUGAUUUUCGACAACGGAUCUGGGCUCUGUAAGGCGGGGCUGUCUGGGGAGAUUGGACCUCGUCAUGUCACCAGCUCCGUUGUGGGGUACCCAAAAUUCAAGAUGCCUUCUACAGGAGCCAAUCAGAAGAAGUACUUUGUUGGGGAGGAAGCCCUGUACAAACAGGAGGCCCUACGACUGCACUCCCCCAUUGAGCGGGGCCUGGUCACGAGCUGGGAUGAUGUGGAGAAGCUCUGGAGACAUCUCUUCGAAUGGGAACUGGGUGUGAAGCCCAGUGAACAGCCCGUGCUCAUGACGGAGCCUUCCCUGAACCCAAGGGAGAACCGGGAGAAGACGGCGGAAGUGAUGUUUGAGACCUUCGACGUGCCUGCCUUCUAUCUGUCAGACCAGGCAGUGUUGGCACUCUAUGCCUCGGCCUGUGUCACGGGCCUGGUGGUGGACAGCGGGGAUGUCACCUGCACUGUACCUAUCUUUGAGGGUUACUCCUUACCUCAUGCAGUCAGCAAACUUUAUGUGGCUGGCAAGGACAUCACGGAGCUCCUCACUCGGCUCCUCCUGGCCAGUGGGAGAGCUUUUCCAUGCCCACUGGACAGGACCCUGGUGGAUGACAUCAAGGAGAAACUAUGCUACGUGGCCCUGGAGCCUGAGGAGGAACUCUCUCGACGGGCAGAAGACGUCUUGAGGGAGUACAAAUUGCCUGAUGGGAAUGUCAUCUACAUCGGAGACCAGUUGUACCAGGCUCCUGAGGUCCUGUUCUCUCCAGACCAGCUGGGCACCCAUGGCCCAGGGCUGGCACAGAUGGCAUCCAACAGCAUAGCCAAGUGUGAUGCUGACAUACAGAAGACACUCUUCGGGGAGAUUGUCCUGUCAGGGGGCACCACGCUGUUUCAGGGGCUGGAUGACAGGCUCCUGAGGGAACUGGAGCAGCUGGCUUCCAAGGGAGUCCCCAUCAAGAUCACAGCACCUCCUGACCGCUGGUUCUCCACAUGGAUUGGAGCCUCCAUCGUCACCUCUCUGAGCAGCUUUAAGCAGAUGUGGAUCACUGCUGUAGACUUCAAGGAGUUUGGGCCAUCUGUGGUCCAGAGACGGUGCUUCUGAAGGACUCCAUGCUUCCAGUAACCACUCUGUCCCUCACAAGGGACACCCAUGGGAAGUGAGCUCUCCCAUGGCCUCAGCGGCAUAUUCAAAUAAAGAUGAAUGGUGAAGCAUU